AUGACUGAGCUGAGCAAACCUGAGGAAGAUCUUCAGGACCCAGGCGAGGCCCAGGGCCCGGAGGAGGCGCAGCUCUUGGGGGCUGAGGCAGGGGAGGCUGCAUCCACCUCGGCCUCCUCCCCCCAAGUCUCCUGGUCUGCCCUUGCGGAGGCCUUGCCCCAGGAAGCUUUGAAUGAGAUGGUGGCUAACCUGAUCAACUUCCUGCUCUUCAAGUAUCGAGCCAAGGAGCUGACUUCCCAGGCAGAAAUGCUGAAGAAGGUCCUCAGGGAUAACCAGGAGCACUUCUCAGUGGUCUUCAGCCAAGCCUCAGAGUGCCUAAGGCUGGUCUGUGGUGUGGAGGUGAAGGAGGUAGACCGCAGGAAGCACAUCUACAUCAUGGUUCCCACCCUGGGCCUCACCUGUGAUGCAAUGCAGAGAGGUGGGCAGGGCCUGCCCAAGGCCGGCCUCCUGGUGGUGGUCCUCAGCGUGAUCCUCCAGAAUAGGGAUCGUGGCCCUGAGGAGGAGAUCUGGGGAGCACUCAACAAGAUGGGGGUGUAUGUUGGGAGGGAGCACUCCAUCUUUGGGGAGCCCAGGGAGCUACUGACCCAAGUGUGGGUGCGGGAUGGAUACCUGGAGUACCGGCAGGUGCCUGACAGCACCCCUGCUCGCUACGAGUUCCUGUGGGGUCCCCGGGCCUUUGCGGAGACCAGCAAGGAGAAAUUCACGGAGUAUCUGCUCAAGGUCAACCAAAGGGCUUUUAGGUCCUUCCCACUCCCUUCUGCAGAGGAUGUGAGGGAGGAGGUAGGGGGACCCUGA